AUGGAUCUGAAACAAAAUGUAAACCCUCUUUCAUCCAAGACUCAUGGAUCAUCCAGAAAAGAAAUCGUAAGAAAAAGCGUCAAUUCAUGCAUGAAACUUGCUAAAGACUUGUGGUUAAGCGAAUCCAAGAAUGACAAUCUUGUAUUCUCUCCGUUCACGAUGGGCACUGCUCUUGGGUUAUUAGCUUUUGGAGCAAGUGGUGAAACCUUAAAACAGUUACUAGAGUUCCUCAAUUGUGAAAGCCUCGACACUCUAAAUUCUAGUCAUUCUCAGCUUAUUGAGAUGUUGCGCAAAUCACAAGCAGGACCUAAAGGUCCUAAACUGUCUUUCGUUGGCGGUUGUUGGGUCAGCUCCUCACUUAAACCUUCUUUCCAAGAAGUUGUACAUGCAGUUUACAAAGCCGAAGCAGAGACCGUGGAUUUCGAAAAUAAGAGCGGAGAAGUGCUGAAGAAGGUGAACACAUGGGCUUCAAAGGAAACUAAUGGAUUAAUUCAGAAUAUUCUACCUGAUGAUGCAAUCAAUAAAUAUACCAAGUCUAUAUUUGCGGAUGCACUCUAUUUCAAAUGA